UUACACAAAUACCCAACAAAAUCCAGAAAGCACAAGACCUCAAUAUUUCCGGUCGCCGGAGAUAAGAUGUACUGUAGCUUAUUCACUCAGACUUCACUUCCGACCGUUGCCUUAUCCUUUCCAUCCCAUAAAACCAGACCAAUAUGUCUCCGCCGCCGCUAUCGUGGAAACCCAAGAAUGUCCAUGGACCAAAAAAAAUCUCCAAACCCUAACUUUAUUACCACCGUUUCGAAGCUUCUAUGGGGAAAAGCCCUUCCUCCCUCUCUCCUCAUCUCCACCGUCCGUACCGCCUGGUCGACCACAUGGCAUCUCAUGAUGUCCCAGCUCGCACCUUCCGAUCCAUCCGGAAGCUACACCCGACCCACCAGUCAAUUCCGGGUCCAACCCCUAAACUCCACCCUAAAACCCGGAUCCCUUCACCUCUACGUAGGCAUCCCAUGCCCGUGGGCACACCGUACCCUAAUAGUCCGAGCCCUCAAAGGCCUCGAGGACGCCGUUUCAGUCUCCGUCGCGUCUCCGGGGAUAGACGGUUCAUGGGUCUUCGAACCGGAUUCUGAUGAUGUCCGAGUAACAACGGAUAGAAUUGUCCCGACAUUGGAUAAAGUGAAUGGAUGUCGGACAAUGAGAGAGGUUUACAAUCUCCGGCGAGGUGGCUAUAACGGCCGUUCAACAGUUCCGAUGCUUUGGGAUGUAGAGAAGAGAGAUGUGUUGUGUAAUGAAAGCUAUGAUGUAAUUGAAUUGUUAAAUUCCGGGUUAAACGAAUUAGCUGGUAAUCCGGAUACUGAUCUUUCCCCACCUGCAUUGAAGAAAGAAAUUCAUGAAUGGAAUCAACUGAUAUACCCAAACAUCAACAAUGGAGUGUACAGGUGUGGUUUUGCCCAGAGUCAAGAGGCAUAUGAUUCAGCUGUGAAUGGGUUGUUUAAAACAUUGGAUAUGGUGGAUGAUCAUUUGGGUAAAUCAAGGUAUUUAUGUGGAGAUGCAUUGACAUUAGCAGAUGUAUGUUUGUUUACAACGUUGAUUAGAUUUGAUCUGGUGUACAAUGUUAUGUUCAAGUGUACUAAGAAGAAGAUUAUUGAAUAUCCAAAUCUUCAUCCCUAUAUGCGCGAUAUCUAUCAGAUUCCCAAUGUAGCUGCAACAUGCAAUUUUGAGGCAACAAUGGACGGAUAUUAUAAAUUUCUGUUUCCCCUGAAUCCCGGGGGCAUUCGUCCUAUCAUGCCCUCUGGUUCGGAGCAUGAAGUUCUGUCGAAGCCUCACAACAGAGGAGGAGGAGGAUCUGUGUCAACUUUCGAGGAAAGAGUGAAUGUAAUUGUUAGAAGUUAGAAUCAAUCUCAUAAACAAUUCUUCCAUUGAAGGUAAGUUAUUCAUAUCUAUACCAUACAUAGGUUCGAGUUAUUCAUAUCCUUAAUUUAAAUCUCAAAUACCAACAUUUCAAAAAAACCUUCUAAGUCAUAUUGUAAAAUAACCCAAAAGAAAGAAAGAAAGAAAGAGUGAACAAUGCAAGUAUAAAUGAAUCAAAACAAAAAGUUGAUCAUAUCUAUACUUUACUUACAUGAUGCUUAUUUUAUCUU